AUGGUGCCUCCAGGGAAAAAGCCAGCUGGGGAAACUUCCAAUUCCAAUAAAAAGUGUAAGCGCUAUUUCAAUGAGCACUGGAAGGAAGAAUUUACCUGGCUGGAGUUUGACUAUGAAAGGAAACUCAUGUUUUGCAUAGAAUGUCGCCAGGCACUGGUGAAGAAUAAACACGGCAAAGCGGAGAAUGCCUUUACCGUGGGCACGGAUAACUUCCAGCGUCAUGCCUUGCUGCGGCACGUCACCUCUGGAGCUCACCGCCAGGCGCUGGCGGUUAACAGAGAGCAACUGGCUUUUGAAGCUCGCGUCCAUAACCACCAAGAGCUGCGCUCCGUGAUCAAGGUGGAAGUGAACCCCGCCAAGAUAGCUAUCCUCACCACCGUGUACUGGAUGGCUAAGGAGGAGAUCCCGGACGAGAAGUGCUCCUCGCUGCUUGAAUUCCAGAAGUUCAAUCUCUGCCAGGCGUUGCUGACCUCGGAGCUCAAUGACUGUUACCACCCCAGCAGCGUCAAAGAGAUGCAGGCAGCGAUCGUCAAAGUCCUUCACAACGAGGACAGGCACAAGAUGAAAGCCUCGCCAUUCGUUGGGCUGGUGGUGGACGAGACGGUCGACAUUCUGGAGCACAGGAACCUGGUCAUGUUUACAACCACCGUCUCCCCGUGCGACGGGCAGACCUCCAUCACAUUCCUGGGCAGCUUUGAGCUGCCAGCCGGGGAGGCCUACACCGUGGCGGACAAAGCGGUCGAGGUGAUGCACUCUUUUGGCGUUCCCACCAUGAAGAUCACGUGGCUCAGCUCUGACAGCUCUUCCCUGAUGGCCGAUAGGCUGAAUGGGGUGGGGACCAAGCUGAAGUCCAUCUGUCCUCUUCUCACUGAGUUGCACUGCGUGUCCCACAGGAGCUCCCUGCUGCCAGCUGAGAGUGUCGUUAAUAUUGAGUAUGUCCGGAAAUACGAGACCACGGUGGAUGCCGUCUACCGACUCUACUCCAGCUUCAAAGGGGAGAGCAACAGCCUCCAGGAGCUGCAGAGUGUCCUGGAUCUAUGCGAGAUAGACCUGGAGGGCCCCAAGACCAUUCACUGGACUUCCAUCUUCCCGGCUGUGGAGGCAAUUGAUUCCUCCUGGCCUACGUUAGUGCUUCUGCUGGAGAGCGAGUCGGAGAGGUCCCCCGUGGCGUUUGGCCUCUGCGAAGAGCUCAAGAAGUUCCAGUUCGUGGCUUUCACAAAGAUCCUCCUGGAUGUCCUCCCCAUCUUCCAGAAGCUGAGUCGGUUCUUCCAGAUUGAGGACUUCGAUCUCUCCAUCCUGAAACCCAUCGUCGCUGCCACCGCCACCACCCUGCAGGCCCAGAAGACCACGAGCGGCCAGAACUUCCAGGAGUUCCUCAACGAGAUGAAUGAGCAUCCCCGAGAGGACCGGGAAGACGAGAGCCGUUUCUACUACAAAGGGGUGGAGCUCGCCAGCUGCUCCAAGGUACACCUGAAGAACUUCGAGCACUUGAAAGAGACCUACCUCGAGAGUGUGCGGGGCAACUUGCUGGAUAGGUUCCCUAGCCACAUGCUUGAGGCGGUCAACUCCUUCUCCGCCAUCUUUAACCCCAAGUGCUACCCCCAGUCUUUGGAGGAUAUCGGCAGCUACGGCAUCACCGAACUGAACUUCCUCUUGCAGGCUUAUUCCCGGGUGGUGGUGAGUGAAAGGGCGCUGAACGAUUUCCCCCUUUUCAAACGGAUAGUGUUCAGCCUCGGCCAGUUAUCCUUCAAGGACCUGUGCGUCAAGCUGGUUUACAGCCAUUCCGAAAUGCACGAGCUCUUCCCGGACUUUGCUGGCCUGGCUGCCGUUGCUCUGGCCUUGCCUCUUGGCUCGGCGCUCUAUGAGAAGAUCAACCGGGGCCGGGAACUCAUGAAACGCAGCCAGUGGCGCUACGCGAAGGACUCCGGCCUGUCCAACUUCAUGAAGAUCGCCAUAGACGGGCCCACCAUUAACGAGUUUGACUUUGCGUUAGCCAUUGAGUAUUACGAAAGUCUGAGAGAAUCCGAUUUCAUCAUGGCACAGGUUCAAUAA